UCUCUCUAUUUUUAGUUUUUGGAUGGAAUUCAGCGAAUGCGAAAAUCCAUAGAACCAAGAUAUGAAAAUUCUUAAAUUAAAAAAUUUUUCACAAUUUUUUUGUUUGCUGGAUGUCCUAUAUCCCGGGAUAAAUCCUAUAAACGCCCGCUAAGAUCCCCAAAAGUUGGGAUUUCUGUCGAUUUAUCAGUCCAGAGCUCUCCCAUGGCUUCAUUAGCAUACCCAGUGAACUGCCAAUCUUGGGCGCCGUUCGCUGCAGCGCCGUACUCUCAAUGUUCCCAUAAGUUCUCAGUCCACGAUGCUCUCACCCUUCUCGGUCCAAAUGCUCUUGGGUCUAGAAUUAUCUCCAGCUUAUCUCAGAAACAGAAAAGUAGCAUGUAUGGUUUUGCAACCGAGAAACUUUGGGAAGAAACUGACUGGGAGAAGCUGGAUGCUGAUUUGCAUUAUUGGACGAGACAGCUGCGGCCUGUUCAGUGGUAUCCUGGUCAUAUUGCUAAAACGGAGAAGGAACUCAAAGAACAGCUCAAGCUAAUGGAUGUUGUAAUAGAAGUUAGGGAUGCAAGGAUUCCAAUGUCCACUAGUCAUCCACAGAUGGAUCUAUGGCUUGGCAAUCGUAGAAGGAUACUUGUAUUGAACAGAGAAGACAUGAUAUCCACUGCCGAUAGAAAUGCAUGGGCUACUUUUUUUGCAAGACAGGGCGUGAAAGUUGUAUUCUCAAAUGGACAACUUGGAAUGGGCACUAUGAAACUUGGCAGACUUGCGAAAUCAUUAGCCUCCAACGUGAAUGUCAAACGUAGAGCCAAGGGCUUGCUACCUCGUCCAGUCAGGGCUGGAAUUGUGGGAUAUCCAAAUGUAGGUAAAUCUUCUCUAAUCAACCGUUUGCUAAAGCGCCGAAUGUGCCCAGCAGCCCCUAGGCCAGGUGUUACAAGAGAGUUGAAGUGGGUCCGCUUUGGGAAUGAUCUUGAGUUGCUGGACUCUCCAGGCAUAUUACCGAUGCGCCUCACGGACCAAGCAGCUGCAAUCAAGCUUGCAAUAUGUGACGACAUAGGCGAUAGAUCAUAUGAUGUCACUGAUGUGGCUACCAUUCUUUUGCAAAUGCUUGCAAAGCUGCCAAUAAUAGGACCAGAGGUUCUUUCCAAGCGUUAUGGAAUUGAUGCAGAUGCUUGCUUUGGUAGAAUAUUUCUUGAUAAGCUUUCCCUUCAGUUGUUCAACGGAGAUGUUGGCCAAGCAUCAUUUCGUGUUCUAAGUGAUUUUAGGAAGGGGAAGUUUGGUUGGAUUUCACUGGAAAGGCCCCCGAAACAAGUUGUGAAUUAACACAAACAAAUGUAAUAACAUGCUUCCACUUUAAAUCCGAUUAAGGUAGUGUUUUACUUCAUGAUGGAAUAAUACUGCCUAUUGGUAGACUUAAAUGGGCUUUCAAAUAGAUUUUCCCUUUCAUCUCCACACCAAAAUUGUCAUAUCAAAAGGAGAGUGUUAUACAGGUGAUAUGAUUUACUGAUGCAGAAGCUUGAUGCCUCAGAAGAAGUCUCAUCGCAACUGAUAUAAGGAAGUAUUUAUUUUUAUUCUUAUUUUUGUUUUUUUUUUAACAUUGGUACACAAGUUAUGCUAAUGACCUUCAUUCAGAUAAACAUUGAUGUUUAAUUUGCGAUGUUGUGCCUUUUGUUUAUAAUCAAUUAAAUUGUCUAUCAUUUAUGCAUUUAGUUUUCCACAUUUCCUAACGUUAGCUUUGUAAUUUUUGCCGAUGAAACAGAGAGGCUGUUCCUGCUUCCAAGAAAAAUAAUAUUAUCCUUGAAUAAUUGCAACAUAUAUCAUUAUGCUUGAGGCUGUACAAGCAGUGUUGUACGAAAGAACGUUGAGCCCGAAAGGAAGUUUUAACACUAAACUACAAAGCUUUCUUUGGAUACUGUGCAAAGUAUUAAUAACCAUAUUGAGGCCUUCAAAAUUUGUAGCGGUUGUGCAAGCAGAAGCUAAUGCAAAGACAAAAUCUUCCCUCAAAUGUUAUGAACAGAUAAAUGGCAAUUAAGGGCUGCUAAGAGCUCCAGAGAGAACAGAGAUUGGACACGAAGAACUGCAUAGAGAUGGAGAAGUUAUGUAUUAAAAGAGGCCUUGAUAUUCAUUUCCUUCUAUUAAAAGAGUUGCAUCCAUGGUAAACCAACUAUUCUAAUGAUUAGAAAAACUCGCCCAAUUACUGCAGUGUACCUCUUAUUAACUCAAAUAGCACCCGCCACUAUCCUCCUAUAAUUUGAUGGUCUUCGAGCCAUAAAGGUGUUUUGCAUUACUACCUUUGACGUGUGUUAGUUGAUUCAACAUUUGCAUCAUUAUUGUGGUUUGUAUCAAUUUUGCUCUUCAAAUGUGUGACCUUGCCCUGUAUGUUAUAUAGUUCUUCGCCA